AUGGCCAAUGAGGAGCAGCAACAAGAAAACAUAUUUCACACAAGAUGCAAGAUUAAAGACAAGGUAUUCUUUAUGAUCAUAGAUGGUGGAAGUUGCACAAACGUGUCAAGUACCCUCAUGGUGGACAAGUUAGCCAGAUUUUUAGAAGCAAAUGAGGAGAUUGCAGGUUUGAGGGAAAUGUUUACGGCUAUGGAUACUGAUAACAGCGGUGCAAUCACAUUCGAUGAACUCAAAGCUGGCUUGCGAAGAUAUGGUUCAACCAUGAAGGAUACAAAGAUAAAGGGCCUUAUGGAUGCUGCUGAUAUCGACAAUAGUGGCACCAUCGAUUACGGAGAAUUUAUAGCUGCAACAGUUCACCUUAAUAAACUAGAGCGCGAGGAACAUCUCGUUGCAGCGUUCCGAUACUUCGACAAGGACGGAAGUGGCUAUAUUACAGUGGACGAGCUUCAACAAGCUUGUGCAGAACAUAACAUGACGGAUGUCUUGCUCGAGGAUAUUAUCAGAGAGGUUGAUCAAGACAACGUACGCCAUUUCGCCUGCACAACCGGAUGA